CACUGAACUAGCACUCUGGAGAUGACCUGUAGCUUCAAGAUAUUUAUUCUAUUCGCCGCUGUUUUCACCCUGAAUUUUGAACUCUGCUUUGGCCCAUGUGCCCGUGCCGAGUAUGAGAUAAAUGGAGAAUGCUGUCCCAUGUGUGCAGCUGGAAACUAUGUUUAUAGGCAUUGCACUGUGGAUACAAGCACUACUUGUGUUCCAUGUCCUGAAUCAACUUACACGGAUGAACCCAAUGGUCUUAUAAAAUGCUUUAGCUGUACAGUGUGUGAUUCUGGUCAGAGUUUAAGAGUAAAGACCUCCUGCUCUAGAUCAUUGGAUACUGCCUGUGAACCACUAGAUGGAUCUUACUGCACUGUUCAACAGGGAGGCAGCUGUAGACGAGCUGAGAAACACAAAAACUGCAGUCCUGGACAAUAUAUAAAGCACAGAGGAACAUCAUUUAAAGAUACUGAAUGUGCUGAAUGUCCAGAUGGUACCUUCUCAAAUGGCUCUCUUCAGAUUUGUCAACCACAUUCAAAAUGUGAAGAUCUGGGACUUACAGAAAUAACAGUAGGAACACUUUCUUCUGAUGCUGAAUGUGGAAAUAAAACUCCAACUGCUCUGAUAGCUGGAAUCACAGUUUUUAUUCUCACUGUGGUUGUAGUAGUAGUUCUCAUGCUUCUCAAAAUUAAACAUAGCACUCACCAACAUGCAGCUGGACAUGAUGAAACAGUUAGAAGUCAAGACAUUGAAUUAGACCAACUGCAACACAAACCACAGUAACACCAAUAUUAACAUCAAGCAGGUACAAGACCUGGAGGAGAGACAAACCUUCUUUUAGAACUGUGAAAUAAAGCAGUCAAAGAUGCGG